UUGGUAUUCACUAUUCACUAUUCACAUUCUCUCUUCUUUGCAGUGCUUAAAUUCAAAUUCCACGUAUCUAACACUUGAAUCAAUCAAUUAGAAAUACACCCAUUAAAGAACUCUCUCCUUUCAUUCCUUCCAUCAAAUUCAUUGAUUUUAUCUGAUACCAAUCUCCCAAUAUCAUCACAUAAUCUCUGUCGGUGUCAUUUAUAUCACAUUUUGUUACUUUCUGGCUACACAUAUAUUAUAUAUAGAAGAAGAUUGUGAUAACUUUGGAUCUCCAGUGGAGAUUCAAAGAAAGAAAAUAUAUAAUGGAUGGUUUCAUUGCAGAUGAAGAUGGAGAGAAAGUGGGUAGGAGAGAAAAUGGAGAGCUUUGUGCUAGUUCACAUGUUCAUGGCCAGCACAGGCGCUGUAGGAGUGCUUCUGACAGGAACUCAGGUCUUUCGAGAGGUAGAGUUUCACAUUUGGGACGGAACAACUUGAAUGAAACACAUGAAUUUUCACCUCUGAAAAGGACUUGUGGAGGAGCACGGAGUCCACUUCAGGAAUACUCCAAUGCUAACAUGGAUACGUCUAUCCAUCGCGUUUCUUUGGAAAAAGAUAUCGAGCAGCUGCAAUCACGUUUACAGCAAGAGAAGUCCAUGCGGAUGAUGCUUGACAAGGCGAUGGGUCGUGCUUCUAGUACUUUAUCUCCUGGGCAUAGGCAUUUUUCUGCUCAGACAAAAGAGUUAAUAGCUGAGAUUGAGUUGCUAGAAGAAGAGGUUGCAAAUCGAGAGCAACAUGUUCUCACUCUCUACAGGAGCAUUUUUGAACAUUGUGCUAGCCGGCCACCUUCUGCGCAAAGCUCGGGCAUGGCUUCUCCGGCCCAUACAAAGAAUGAAUCGCGGAAACACCCAAGUAUAAUUUCAAGUGCUUUUUGUUCCUCAAAGAAGUUCCCUCUGCGGCCUUUCCAAACUCUGGCUUCUAUAAAUGACUUGGGGAAAAGAACCUUGUUAUUGCAGUCGAAGACAAGACAUGCUUCGUUGUCGGGCAGCAAGACUAACAUCCACUUUGAGAAGACUUUUUCAGACCAUGUUAAGGUUGAAGAAAAGGUAACAACUAUGAAAAGAACUCCUGUACUACGAACUCUUAAAGACCAUCUCUGCCAGUGCCCAAGCAAGUUGUCUGAGGAAAUGGUCAGGUGUAUGGCUGCAGUAUAUUGCUGGCUUCGUAGCACGACCCCUGCAAAUCUAGAACAAAAUCGAUCGCCUUUAUUGUCAAGGUCUUCCACCAAUGUUGUACUUCCUCAACGUGGUACUGGAGAGGAACGGAGCUGGUCUUGCAAAUCCACGGUUGAAAUAUCUUCUAUUUCAACUGACAAAAACCACUUCUCUUGUGCUUCUUAUGCCAUUAACAACUACAGAGUUCUAGUGGAACAACUGGAAAGGGUGAAUGUGAGUCAGAUGGAAAACAACGCCCGGACUGCAUUUUGGAUCAACAUUUACAAUUCCCUGGUUAUGCAUGCAUAUUUAGCAUAUGGAAUCCCACACAGCUCUUUGAGAAGGUUAGCCUUUUUUCACAAGGCUGCUUACAACAUCACUAGCCAUGUCAUUAGUGCAAAUGCCAUAGAGCAGUCAAUAUUUUGCUUCCGUACACCCCGAAUUGGACGGUGGCUUGAGACCAUCCUUUCUACUGCCAUGAGGAAAAAAUCUGGGGAAGAAAGACAACUGAUCUGCUCAAAAUUCGGUCUACCAGAUCCACAACCCCUUAUUUGCUUUGCCCUUUGCACUGGAGCUUUUUCUGAUCCCAUGUUAAAAGUCUACACGGCAUCCAAUGUUAAAGAAGAACUAGAAGUAGCAAAAAGGGAGUUCCUCCAAGCAAAUGUGGUUGUUAAGAAGUCCAAGAAAGUGUUUCUACCAAAGAUGCUCGAAAGAUUUGCAAGGGAAGCUUCUAUUGCAUCGGAUGAUCUUCUCAAGUGGGUUACUGAAAAUGUUGAUAAGAAACUCCAUGAUUCAAUACGGAAAUGCAUUGAUCACAAAACCAAUAGGAAGGCAUCGCAGAUCAUAGAAUGGGUGCCUUACAGUUCAAGGUUCCGGUAUGUGCUUUCAAAAGAUCUUACAGAAAAGCCAUGGUGGGUGUGAAAAAUGUUCAUCCCGAAUCAGUCUUGUUAGGAAUCAUGAAGUGUUGUUGCUUGGAUAGUUGAGCUUAAAAAAAUUAAAAAUUAAAAAUUAAAAAAUUUGAAUUUUUGUAUUUCAAAUGCAGUUGUGACCUUAACCCUGUACAAUCGAGUUUGUAGCUGAUUUAUGAUGCACUUUUGGGUCAUGUAAUAUAAAGUUACUUUUGUUGGGACUGCUGUGAUUUAAAUAAUGUAGUGCUGUGAUGAGUGCAGUUGGAUUUUGGUUUAA